UUUUAGAACCAUUCUUAUCUGUCAAAAGUGUCAAACCAACUGGCGUAUAGAGAAGAAAUUCUUAUCUGUUACCUGUCACUUGCUCACACAUACGUUUGACAUGUGUGAAAGAUUAGGUUAAACAUAAGAUUAAGAGAUAAACAACGAUGACGCAAGAAAUAAAGAAAACGAAGAAAAAAAGCAUACAGAAGGAAAAUUUAAUUUCUAAAGAAGAAAGCAAGAUUGUGGAAAAGCCGACCAAACCUGCUGAACUGAAAUAUGGACCUGUUGUAUCUUUUCCAUAUCAAAGAGUAUGGUCCAGAUGCAUUCUAAUACUGGGAGUAUUAUUAAUAGUUUGGUAUAAUAGCAGACAGGCCAAGGAAGUAUCUUUAGCAAAGCAGAAAGAUGUACUGGUAAGUCGUGCACAGAAUGUUGAGUGCUCUGUGGAUUAUAAAGAAGAAUUAGAAAAAUACCCUGGCUGUGUACCAGAAAAAUGUGGCAGAGUUGUUACCGAUAAACUUGUCUCGACAACAGAGGUAGAUGUUUUACUGAAGUUAGCAAAAGACGGAUUAGAUUUGGCCGGAUCUGAUGGCGGCGCAAGUAUUUUGGAUCUUCAUUCUGGCGCUCUCAGCAAGGGGCAGGGCUUUAUCAAUAUCUAUAAACAAUCAGCAGCAAAGAAGUUAUUUAAUAAUAUGGAUUUAGCAAUUUAUAGGGUAGUAAAAACGAAAAUACAACAUGCAGUAGCACACAAUUUUGGGGUAGAUAUAAAUAAAAUUUAUUUAACCAAACCUACGUUUUUUUCACGAAUAACUAAUAAACCUGCGAGAACUAUACAUGACGAAUAUUGGCACCCACAUGUUGAUAAGGAGACAUAUGAAUCGUUUCAUUAUACAUCACUGCUAUAUUUAAAUGAUUAUGAGAAAAAUUUUGAAGGUGGUAGGUUUAUAUUCAUUGACAAAAAUAAUGUCAAUACAACUAUAGAACCAAGAAAAGGCAGAGUCUCGAUUUUUACUUCAGGAAGUGAAAAUUUACAUCUAGUUGAAAAAGUAAAAUCUGGUACCCGUUAUGCUUUAACAGUCUCUUUCACGUGUGAUAAAAAUGCCGCAAUAUCAGACUCACAUUUUACUGAUGCAUUAAAUUAAAAUGUCUAACUAACAUUAUUUAUAUUAACUAUAUUGCUCUUUCAGUCAUCAAGUAUAUAAGAUUCCAUUAUUCAUUAAAUCAUAUCAUACUAUAUUAUAAAAAAGUAUAGUUUGUUUGUUCCAUUGUUCGGAAUAAUUUCAGAAACUACAGAAUCGAUUUGAAAAAGUCUUUCAAUAGUGGAUAACUUGGAUCUUCCUUAAUAACAUAGGCUAUAUAUUAUUGUGCUACAACGUCUAAAAGCCGGGCAACAAAGAACAUGCUGAGCAUGAGGAAAAAAUGCCAUCUAGUAAUUUAUAUAAAAAAAAAUGACUAAAAAAAAUUAUAUAAGUCACUGAUUUUUUUCUUUUUAUAAAUUUUGUUAGCUUCACAAAAUCGAGUAGUAAUAGUAAUAGUAUUAAAGAAAAAAAUAUUGCUUAUAUAAGUUUAGUUUCGAAAAUUUAUUUGUCUAAAUAAUCAGAGAGUUGGGAACAUAAACAUAUUGCAUAUAAAUUUGCAUUAUUAACUUGUACGUAUAAUAUAUACUUACGACUAGUAAGUGUGUACAUUUUCAAGAUAUGAUAUACAAUAUGCUAAAUCUGUUAAAUUAAUAAAAAUACACAGUAUAAAUUUUUUUAUGCCAAACUUUUAAUUGUUAAUGGAAUGAAACACAAAAUAAAUUACAUAUUGUGCAGUUAAUCUUGGAAUAUUUCUCUCUUUAUCGCUAAUUAUAUUUUAAUAAUAUAAUGCGAAAAGUUGAAGAGCCAAUAAUUAAGAACUGCAUUAAGCAAUGCUUUGAUAUCUUGUCGUUGUUAUUUACAAUUUCAUCACGAUAUUGUGAUGAUGUGUAUAUGUGUGUGUGUAUAUGUGUGUGUAUAUAUGUGUGGUGAGAAGAAGCACUGCAAAGACUCCAUUAAAUGCUAGAAAUAACGAGAUCAACUCGCUAAAAAUCAAAGUAUCAUUAAUUACUAAAUGGAAAGAAAUUAAACUUAAUAUAAUUUAAAUAAAUAGAUACGCACGCAUUCAAUUCGUAUCCACUUUGGAAAUAUCACGAAAAAGCUUAUACAGUCUUAAAACAAGUUACUGAUCCCAUAUACUUAAAAUUAUAUAAGAAAACUUAUUGUAUUUAAUUUAAAAUAAUUAUAUUUAAUUAAAUAAAUUGUAUUAAAUUUAUUAAUUAAUUAAUAAUAAAGGAAGUACUGAUAUACCAUUUUAAAAAGCUGUGUCAUCUUAUCUCAUGCAUUUCUUGUUGUAUGUCAGUUUUGUAUGUUUUGCUUGCUUGCGAAUGCAAAGAAUUUUCUGACUUGUAAUAUUGGAGAGCAUAUUAUAAAAGGUAUAUAUGUAAAAGAUUCCUAUGUAAAGUCACUUUAUACAACGCGAAAUCUUUCUGUUACAUUGCAGCAACAUAGUGCAAAGAAUUAACGAUCAUAUGAUUAUCUGAUAAAAUAUAUCUACAAUGUUUCUUGUGAAAAUUAAGUUCUAACGACAUCGCGCUAUACCAUGAAACAUUGUCUUGGGCGUAAUAAAAUUUUUACAUGGAUUCUAGUUUUACUUUAUACGCUUCAUCUUCUUAACACACGUUCUCUCGCGUUCUGCAAAUUACGCUUGCAAAAAACU